CCCCCAAGAGUAGUCACUGAGGUCUGCCAAGCUGCUGUCUGUCCCCCGCCGAUCUGCUCCCAGUCCCUGCUUUGUUUUUAUCCAUCCUCACCCUCACCAUGGCUGCUCUCUCUACAGAUGAACCCUUCCCUUUCCACGGCCUGCUGCCCAAGAAAGAGACAGGUGCUACCUCUUAUCUCUCCCGCUUCCCCGAGUAUGACGGCCGAGGUGUGCUCAUCGCUGUCCUGGACACCGGGGUGGAUCCCGGGGCCCCCGGCCUGCAGGUCACAACAGAGGGAAAGCCGAAGAUCGUUGACAUCAUCGACACGACGGGCAGCGGGGAUGUGAACAUGACCACCGUCGCAGAGCCCAAGGAUGGGACAAUCCCCGGCCUUUCUGGAAGAACCUUGCAGAUCCCCCCGUGCUGGGUCAAUCCAUCAGGGAAGUACCGCAUCGGAGUUAAAAACGGUUACGAGAUAUUCCCCAAGGCCCUGAAGGAGAGAAUACAGAAAGAGCGUAAGGAGAAGCUGUGGGACCCCCCCCACAGAGCUGCCCUAGCAGAGGUCAGUCGCAGGAUGGAUGAGUUUGACCUCGCUCACCCCACCCCUUCCCAGCUGGAGAAGCUGCAGAAGGAGGAGCUGCAGAGUCGCUCUGAGCUCCUGGCCUCUCUGGAGAAGAAGUACAGUGACCCUGGCCCCGUGUACGACUGUCUGCUCUGGAACGACGGAGACACCUGGAGGGCGGUGGUGGACACCUCUGAGUGCGGGGACCUGUCCCAGGGUACAGUGCUGAGCUCCUAUAGAGAAAACCAGGAAUAUGCUACACUCGGCAACGCAGAGAUGCUCAACUACUCCGUCAACGUCUACGACGAGGGAAACACACUGUGCAUCGUCACCAGCGGAGGAGCUCACGGUACCCACGUGGCCAGCAUCGCUGCAGGGUGCUUCCCAGACGACCCAAAGCGUAACGGUGUGGCCCCCGGCGCUCAGAUCCUGGCCCUGAAGAUCGGAGACACGCGCCUCAGCACCAUGGAGACGGGAACCGGGCUCAUACGGGCUAUGAUUGAGGUGAUCAAACACAAAUGUGACCUGGUGAACUACAGCUACGGAGAGGCCACGCACUGGCCCAACUCAGGGAGGAUCUGUGAGGUCAUCAACGAGGCGGUGCAGAAACACAACGUGAUGUUUGUGUCGAGCGCCGGGAACAACGGACCCUGCCUGUCCACCGUGGGCUGCCCUGGGGGGACCACCAGCAGUGUUAUAGGGGUUGGGGCCUACGUGACCCCCGACAUGAUGGUGGCGGAGUACUCCCUGAGGGAGAAGCUCCCGGCCAACCAGUACACCUGGUCGUCUCGGGGACCCAGCAUCGACGGCGCCCUGGGGGUCAGCAUCAGCGCUCCGGGGGGAGCCAUCGCCUCCGUCCCCAACUGGACCCUCCGGGGGACCCAGCUGAUGAACGGCACCUCCAUGUCCUCGCCCAACGCCUGCGGCGGCAUCGCACUGGUUCUCUCAGGUGUAAAGCAGACUGGCAUCAGUACCAGCGUGUCGGGGGUGAGGAGAGCCCUGGAGAACACCGCUCAGAGGGUGGAGGACAUCGAGAUGUUCGCUCAGGGUUACGGAAUCCUCCAGGUGGAACGGGCUCUGGAAUACCUCACUCAGCAUGCCUCUCUACCCACAAGCCACCUGGGAUUCUCUGUAACCGUGGGAACGCAGCGAGGCAUCUACCUCAGGGACCCUGCCCACAUCCUGGCACCCUCAGACCACUGUGUGGGAAUUGAACCCGUGUUCCCAGAAAACACAGAAAACCCGGAGAAGAUCUCCCUCCAGCUCCACUUGGCCCUCACCUGCUCCGCAUCAUGGGUGCAGAGCCCCGCCCACCUGGAGCUGAUGAACCAAUGUCGUCACUUCCACCUCCGCAUCGACCCCCAGGGACUGAGGGAAGGACUGCACUACACCGAGGUGCUGGGUUAUGAUACAUCUGCUCCUGGGGGUGGUCCUCUAUUCAGGGUUCCUAUCACCGUUAUCAUCCCAACCAGGGUGAGUGAGGGGGCCAACCAGGAGGUUGUUCUCUCAGACGUCCACUUCAGGCCGGGUCAGAUCAGACGGCACUUCAUCACCGUCCCAGCAGGCGCCUCCUGGGCAGAGUUGACCCUGAGCUCCCAUUCAGGGGACGUGUCUUCCAAGUUCGUGCUCCACGCGGUCCACCUGGUGAAGCAGAAGGCCUACCGCGCCAACGAGUUCUACAAGUUCGCCUCUCUGCUGGAGAAGGGCUCCCUGACGGAGGCCUUCCCUGUCCUGCCAGGCCGUAUCGUGGAGGUGUGUAUCGCUCGCUGGUGGGCCAGUCUGGGAGAUGUGACGGUGGACUACACCAUCUCCUUCCAUGGCCUGCACACGCACCCCUCCCCCCUACACAUCAAUGCAUCAGAGGGCGUGACCAGCUUUGAGGUUUCAUCUCCUCUCCGAUAUGAAGACGUAGCUCCCAGCAUCACACUCAAGUCCUGGGUACAACCACUGAGGCCAGUAAACUAUAAGAUCAGAGCUCUGGGUAUGCGAGACGUUCUGCCCGACAACAGACAACUGUACGAGAUGCAGCUCACCUACACCUUCCACCAGCCUAAGAGUGGGGAGGUGACCCCUAGCUGCCCUCUGCUGUGUGAGCUGCUCUAUGAGUCCGAGUUCGACAGCCAGCUGUGGAUGAUGUUCGACAGCAACAAGAGACUGCUGGGCUCAGGAGACGCCUACCCUCAACAGUACUCCCUGAAGCUGGAGAAGGGCGACUACACCAUCCGACUGCAGGUGCGCCACGAGCAGUCCGGCGAGCUGGAGCGCAUCAAGGACCUCCCCUUCGUGGUCUCCCACCGCCUGCCGAGCACGCUCAGCCUGGACGUCUACGAGACGCACCGGGCCGCGCUCGCCUCCAAGAAGAAGACCACCUCCCUCACCAUGUGUCCAGGCAGCACCCAGCCCUUCUACACCGUUUCCCUGCCCGACGACAAGGUUCCUAAGGGAACGUGUUCAGGCUGUUACCUCACCGGUUCCCUGGUCGUUCCCAAGAGCGAGUUUGGCAAGAAGGCUGGGCAGGCUUCUGCAAAACGACAAGGCAAGUUUAAGAAGGAUGUGGUUCCCGUGGUGUACCACCUGAUCCCUCCCCCGAACAAGGUGAAGAACGGAGGCAAGGAGAAGGAAGGAGGGAAGGAGAAGGAGGCAGGAAAGGAGAAGGAAGAAGAGAAGGAAAAGAGUGUGAAGGAGGAGUUCAUCGAGGCCAUGAGAGACCUGAAGAUACAGUGGAUGACAAAGCUGGAAGGCAGCUGCGUGUACGAGGAGCUGAGGGAGCUGUACUCCUCCUACCUCCCCCUGCACGUCCAGAGGCUCCAUCAGCUGGACGCGGAGAAGGAGCGGGUGAAGCAUCUCCCUGAUGUGGUGACGGCAGCAGACCAGGUCCUGUCCCUCAUCGACCAGACGGCUCUGGCGGUUCACCUCACCCUGAAGACCGACCCACGGCCCGAGGCCGCCACUAUAAAGAGUGACAUGGAGAAGCAGAAGACGUCCCUGUUGGACGCCCUGUGUAGGAAGGGAUGUGCUCUGGCCGACCAGCUCCUGCUGCCCCCCCAGGAUGGGGAGGGGGCCGUUGCUCUGGGGGAGCGGCAGGCCGAGGGCCCCCAAGGGCCUGAGGAACAGGCGGGCAGCAGCAGCUCUGAGGACGGCCAGACCAGCCUGGAGAAGAACCUCAUGGAAACCUUCUGGGAGGUCCAGAAGUGGGCGGAGCUCACCGACACCAAGGUGUUAACCUUCUCCUAUAAACACGCGCUGGUAAACCGAAUGUACGGUCGCGCCUUGAAGUAUGCGUCCAAGAUGGCGGAGGACAAACCCAGCAAGGACAACAUGAAGAACUGCAUCCAGCUGAUGCACCAUCUGGGAUGGACCUACUGUGCCACCUUCACCCAGAACUGGCUGCCUGUCUUGUACCCUGCAGAAUACACACCCUUCUAACACGCACACACACACCCAUCGAACACACAAAGACACCCUUCUAACACACACACCCUUCUCACACACACACACACACACCCUGUUCUAACACAUGAACACGUCCUUCUAACACACACACACACAGACCCUUCUAACGCACGCAUCAUUCUAACAUACCCUUUUAACACUUAAACACAUACUCACACACCCUUCUAACACACACAUGCACGCACACGCACGCAAACACCCUUCUAAUCACACACACACACACACACACACACACACACACACACACACACACACACACACACACACACACACACACACACACACACACACACACACACACACACACUGUCAAUAUAAAGGAUGAGAAUGUGGUGUUUUCUCAUAAUGUAGACGAGGAAGAAAGGGGAUGAAACCAAACACAGGGAAAUCCUUAUGAUGAUCCUUCAGCCACCUGCUGACCUGGAAGCAUCUUGACAGUCACAUCAAGCUAACGCUAGUCUGAUGCCAGCCAAAUGCUAACCUGAAGCUAGCCUGAUGCUAGCCUAAUGCAAGCCUGAACCUAUUCUUUCUCAAGCCUAAUUCUACCCGGAUGCUAGCCCAAACCCUGACCCUAAUUCCACCUUAAUGCUAGCCUUACUCUCACGCUAACGCUAGCCUAAUGCUAGGUUAACGCUAGCUUAACACACGCCUUAAGCUAGGCUAAUUAGGUUGAGGGUUACUCAAUUGGUCUGUUAGUAUGGUGGGGGGUUUGUCUGGCCACAGGCGAGACAAAUCAUCUCUGAAUGGAAGAUGUAUUCAGACCUUCUACCACAACCGACAGACUAUCUCCUCCACCACCACCACCACCACCUCACUGUCUGAAGAACCCUCUAUGAACCUCCCCUCUAUAUCUACUGUACAUACACAUAUCUAGAGGCAAUAUAAGAAUAUCAAAACGUAUCUAGUACUCUCCAUGACUUAGUUUGCAUAUAUGCAUGUCUUCUGAAUAUGGAAGGAAAAAAACAAACAGUUUGGGGCAAACUUUUACGUUUGUUUUGAGUUUAACAACAUUUUUUAACCCUGGGAAGACUUCAUCUGACGGUGAUUUGCUGCUUGCACCCUUCUACCCAUUUUAGUUUUUAUCAGUUAACAGCGCAGCGUCCUGUUUGCAUUAGCGUUUGAUCCUCCCAGAGAGCUCAGCAGCUGUUGUUAAAGUGUUGUCUAUGUUCUUUUAAACCUGCUAAAGCGAUCGCUUCAACAGAGGUUUGAAUACCUUCUCAUCGACAGCUGUCCAUCACAACUCUCGUCCUCUUGGGGCGGGUCUUGUUGCCUCAGACACGUUCCUCUAGGCUGAGCCUCUCCUUGAUUGACAGGAUAUUAAUUGCAGUUGAUAACAUGAUAAACCCUUAGAAGCCCCACACCUCCAUCCCCCGUGUAUUUAUCAAUCCUGUUCCCGUCACGUCGGUUUUGUGUGUUGCCAACGGUUGGUGUUUCGGGGGUUGAGUGUUUGAAGGCCUUAACUAUCUGGACCAGUCCGUCCUCCACUUCCAGCGCACGCUGGGUGCCGACUCGAUAGAUUCACACAUGAGGAAACGCCAAUGUGUUAUGUCCUGUCCCUGAGUUUUUUUUGUUGUAUUGUUUUAAAGACGGCAUGUUAUUCCCCGAUAAUUUCACCUCGCCUGUAUGGAUGUAUAUCAACAGAGGGAAGAUGACAAUAAAAUGAUUUUGAAGAUUUUAAA